UUGAAAUUGAAAUCAGUGUAAUCGCAAGCUUCAAUCAGCACCUUGUAAAUCACCGAAACACAAUCAAAAUGUUCACCAAGCUGUUCUGCAUUGCCGCUCUGGCCGUCGCUUGCGUCUGCGCCAAACCAGGACUCGCCCCGCUUGCACCACUCGCUUACUCAGCACCGCUUGUGGCCGCUGCGGCACCAGCUGUUGUGACCGCCCAAAGUUCCCAGGUUGUGGCCCGUAAUUACAAUGGAAUCGCCCCCUUGGCAUACACCGCUGCUGCUCCAUUGGCUGCUUCGUUAGCUUACACCUCCGCCCCAGUGGCUAAGGUUGCCGCUCCUCUGGCUUAUACCGCAGCGGGUGUUCCGCUUGCUUACUCUGCUCCAACUUUGGCAGCGGCCGCUCCGUUGGCAUACCGUGCCGCUCCACUGCUUUCUCCAUAUGCUGCCUACAGUCCAUAUUUGCUGUAAGUGUAAGUGAUUGCAGAAGAACGAACAAGGAUGUGAUAGUUUAGGAAGUUUGUGGUAAUUGUUAUGAAAGCAUGAUUUAAACGAAAAUACAAGAUUUUGUAGAUCGAAGAAGUUUUUUUUUCAUAUUUUUAGUUGAAACUCAGAAGUUAUAAUCCUGUCGAGAAUCAGAAAUCAAUCGUUACACGGUUCUUUGUGUUAAAACAACCGUAAAUUUCAACGCACAAACAAUAAACUCUGCUCGAUUGAUGAGGUGAUUUUUUCACGAAUGUUGAUCGUAAAUAUUUCCGGCCAAACCUUAAUAAGGAGUGUUAGAUGUGACCGGUCAGUUUCUAGUUAAGUACCUUCCGGUUUUCUCCGUAAUCCGUGUCUAUAUCGAGAUCUGCUAAGUGAACAUCAAGACAGAGAAUGUCUAUUUUUACAAUUAAA